AUGUCGGUCUUUACACUUGUCCAACGUGCGCUUCCGUUUCCCCUUUCCUGGAAGCGUAGACCAUCAGCAUCAUCCAGCAAAGGAAAAGAAAAGGACGACGGUCUAUAUUUCGAUACAUCAGAUCACGACUCACAUCUCUACCAUGAUCCUGAGAAGUUCAGUGUCCCAUUUACCGAAGUACCCCGUUCACCCCUGCACUCGGACACCGUGCAUAUAGCGGUGAAGCAAAAAACAAUAUCCUCCUUCCCCGUCAAAUCCGAAUACUCGCCCAGCGAAUACUCCGAGACGUCCCCGGAACCUGUUUCCGAAUUCGAUCCUCCGGGUCCCCGCAUGAAGCAGCGAGUUUUGUCUUUGUCCCGGUCCCGGAGCCAAAGUACUCGGUUUUGUCGCGAGGUCAGUUGGGCGAGCAUCGUAAGCAGCCGAUGUCGCUGGACAAAUGAGCAGGAGAAAGAGCUUGUUAUGGCAAGGAAACAGUUGGCGCGGUGUCAGAAGGCUUGGAGCUCGGAGCAAGAGUUGUGGUUAUCCUAUAUCGAAGAACUGAACGAGGAAAAAGAAGCUCAUGAAGGGUUUAUGCUUAUGCGUAUGAGACAACAAGAAGACGAACGAAAUCAAUUUCGCAAGGCGUGGAAACGACGUCGAUCUAUCGAAGAUCCGGUUCAAGAAAAGAAGAUCCUGGUGACAGUGAGUGGUGGUAAUAAUAAUGAUGAUGAUGGAAUUCAAAAAGUGCGUCGCUUCCAUCUGCCAGUACAUGGGUAUCUCAGUCACAACCCCAAUCUAGCGACAUCCGCAUCUCAGGUGGCGUGCCAGGUUUGA